GGCCUCCUCUAUCGCUUUGACGUAUCGUUUCGCCAUCAUCAUCGGACGAGGUUCUCGAUUUGUUAGCUCAAGUCGGACGUAUUUGACAGCACUCCGAAGCUCGCAUCGGACGUGAAUAGUCUCGUUUUGAAGUUUUUUAAGCUCGCCUAUUAUUGCCGAAAGGGAAAAAGUGUCAUCUCGGUCGAUCGGAGUCGAUUCCCCCACAGGGACAGCCUGAUCGGUGAACGUUUCGACCAGUUUUCCCGUCAUGUUCCAUCCGGAGGCAUCACCCUGAACGAGUUCCACUUAGCCCCAGCAAUCGCGGCUUUUCCACAAUCCCGUGUCAGCGAUGAUAAAGCUCAUUCGGCCCGAUCUUGGUAAAAGUCGUUUUUGAAUCGGCCGAUGAUGUCGCGGGGCGUGACUCGAAUCUCCGUUCAAAUUAUCUUUUGUUUACAUUUCGAAAUACACGUCUGAACCGUUCUGGAUAAAAUAAUAUUCGUUGGCACAGAGAAAAAAGGAGAUAAAAUGGGACCGAUCGUACUCGAAGAAUACGAAUUGAUGCGAGACUCCAAAUACAGAUUAUAUACAAAUGCAAUAGAUAAAGCUCUGAAAAAUUUUGAGUACAGCACAGAAUGGGCUGAUCUCAUUUCAGCGUUGGGAAAACUCAAUAAGGUCAUCGUUUCUCACACAAAAUUUCCAGUUAUUCCUAGACGAAUCAAAAUUAGUAAACGGCUUGCGCAAUGCAUGCAUCCGACUCUACCUUUCGGGGUGCAUCUGAAAGCAUUGGAGACGUACGACGUUAUUUUUAAAUCCAUGGGGACACAGAGGCUUAGUCAUGAAUUAUUCAUUUAUAGUGCAGGCCUAUUUCCACUUUUUGGGGAUGCAGCAAUGAAAGUGAGACCUGAUUUGCUGAGAAUUUAUGAGACGCAUUUUGUUCCUCUUGGCCACAGGUUUCGUCCAGCCCUUCCUGGUUUCCUCAGUGGUGUAUUGCCAGGAUUUGAUAAAAAUUCAGAUCAUUUCAUUAGGACAAAUGAACUACUGGAAAAUGUAUGCGAAGGAGUAGGCUCGACGUUUUUCUACGGCUGCCUUUGGGAAUGCCUUACAUCGAAUUCGUACAUUAGGCUUCCUUCGAUUAUAUUCCUUUUGUCCCAUUUUGACAAGAAACUACCGACAGAAGACCAAGCUCACAUCAUGGGAAACAACAUAGAGACCAUGUUGUGCGGACUCAUGGCAUGUAUCGAGGACAGCAAUAUACUUGUACAAAGAAAUGCUUUAGACUUAUUGAUGCUCGGAUUUCCGAUGCACAACAGCCAUUUGACGACAGACGACAUGAUUCGAUUGGUGACUAAAGCCCUUUUUACCAUUCUCAGGAGAGAUAUUUCAUUGAAGAGACGAUUAUAUGGAUGGCUGUUGGGAUCUGAGGUAAACAUGACUAUUCUGUCCCACCAUCCUUCGAUGAGAAAAGCCAAAGCAGAAGGAAGGAGUACUUCUUACUUCGAUGUGUUUUCAAAAGAUAUGCUUGUCAAGGCCGUGAAAAUAAUUUUGGACAAUUCCAUCGGAAUUUUACCGUUUGAUUUACGCCCUUUCAAUCUAUUAAUAUCCAUGCUUGAUAAAGAUAAAAAAGAAGAAAACAUAGGGCAGGCAAUUUUAGGCGAUGUUUUAUUUGAAUACUUCAGGUUGUUGUAUUUAUGCUGCCACACGGAAACAAAAAAUGAGAAAGUAGAAUUACUACAAUGUGUAAAUACUUUAUUUGGAAUAUUAGAAUCAAAAUAUCUCUGGCAAUACAUGGGACAAUUGUUAGAAAGGGCUUGCCAAAAUCCUGUGCAUUGUUCCGGAUCAGAAAACCCUGUGAAAAGAGUAGCUUCUGGUGAACCUGGCGUCGUUGAGAUAUGUACAUUAACGGAGUAUCUUCUAGACACGAUAUCGUUAGAAGCUUACGCAGAUACGCCCAGUGAACACUUGCCGUCGUUGUUUCUACAGAUUGUGACUCUUCUUACUAAGCAUUACAAUUCUUUGAGCGCCAUCCAGGUUGCGAAUGGUUUGAAACUAUGUGCGAAAAUUUUAACGAGGGUCCAGCCAGUUAUAAUCGGCCACCAUAAUAUAAGCAUGGGCGAUAUGACCGACACCGACCCGACUGACAGUUCGAUAAUGAAUUCCAUCCAAGAAUCGUCAUCGUCCGAUUUUAACCAGAACACCGAUUCGUCCAGCAUAGAUGAGAAAAUGGAUCUUCCGAAAGAUGACGAACAGGUCGGCGAGAGGGAUUCACUUUUGGAACAAUGUUUAAGACAAUACGAGGACUUUUAUGUUACCUUUAUAUGCGGGACAAGAGCCAAAGUCGGAGAAACAAAUGACAUAAACUAUCUUUUACAAAAGCUUAAAGUAAAAAGUUCAAAGCCCGAUGAGAAAACGAAACAGUUAGACUCGGUUUUAACGACAGUAUUAAAGGAAAAAUCCGACAAAAACCGAAAUGAUCUACCAGACAAUGAGUGGGUUGAGCCCAUGAAACUUGCUUCACAACUUUUAGUAGAUUUAUCAACAUUGCAGACCUUUUUUCAGUCAGCCAAUUCUCAACGUGUUGUAGAAAUCGAUCUUUACAAAAAAGAGGGCGCUGAAAGUAUAGAACUUCUUCCAGAAUGGCUCAAAGCGUUAAUUACCUGCACGUGCUGGUUAAACUACACGACACCCCUUCAAAUCAUCGCUAUUAAAACAUUGCUCAAUCUAGUGUCACUUUGUACCACAGCCCAGUCUCUUGUCUCAAAAACGGUAUCAGAAGACUGUGCGACGCCCUUGCUCAUAGUCCCUCUUCUCACUCCCAACCAUUUGAAAUUCAUGGAAAAGAACACUUUUAUAUUUCAGGUGAUUACACAUUGGCUUUGGGCACAAUUAAACAUUAACGAGUACAGAGUCAAAUCAGUAGAACUACUGCAUCAAUUGCAUAGUGUAUUCCCUCAUAACAGUACUGUUGAGUUAUGCAUCAGUCAUUAUCUCAAGCCAACGCCAGGUGUCAAUGUAUUGGAAUCUUUCAGGAGGUUUACCUCGCUCUGGCACAUCGGAAGAGAAGUUAACAUAAAGCAACGGCAUUCACUUCGAGUUUCUGACAUAUUUUACAGUUCUAUGUUAAAAAUGUUGGACAAUCUUAAACUUCCUAAUAGAGAUUGUUUAAGAAUAGAGGCUGAAGAAUGGUUGAUGCAUUCUUUGUUGCACGGUGACAUUCAUAGAAUAAUGGAUCCUUUGCUUUAUAUUCUAUUAGAUUCAUCAACCGCACGUUUAAGCGUGUUACACAUUAAGAUAAAUAAUGAUAGUGAACCGAUACUGAAGGAUGGAACAACCGGUGAUGGCGCUGUAAACUCUGUUGAUGGCAGCCUUGUACAAAACAAAGAAAAAAAGAUCUCUAUAAAGGUGAAGAAUGAAAAACAAUUGCCUGUUAUUGUGACUAGCCCUGUUACUGAUAAAACUGAUAAGAAAGAAUCCGAUGACAACACACAAAACGACAUGCCAGAAGAAAAUUUAGUAAUUAACACAGAUUUUGAUGAAUAUUUUGAGGAGAGUGAAGCAUCGAAAAAUGCAGAAGACGAUGAAACAAGCGCAACUUCUGAUAAAGUACAAAGCGAAAGGGCAGUUAUACGAAACUAUUCAUUUCCAAAUUUCGGCAUUAAUAAUGCGCUUAAAUUAUCAUCGCUAGACCUCUUGAAUUUAUCAGACACUCUGUUUACAAAAGUCAGCGAAGGUGAAUGCCUUUCGAGCCGAUUGAACAGGAGCUCAUUUUCGAGUGAAGGCAUUGCGAACAUCGUCACCAUAGACAGUAACACUCUGGUUCGAAGCUGGUCAUUUCCCGGCAAAGAAAUAGAAACGGACGAUCUUGAAGAAUCGACACCAGCUGAAGAUUAUUUUAGCAAAGGUGGCCAUAGUCUGUCUAUCGUUGAAGAAGUGAUGGCAGAAAUCAUCGAUCAAGUUGUCAUGUUAUCAGAAGAUGUUAACAUCAAACCGGCACUUAGGCCAAAGCCAAAACUACAUCGAAAACUUCAAUAUCAAUCUACAAUUACAUCUCACACGACUAAAAUUGAUCAUUCAUAUGCUCAUAUACUCUUAUAUAAGAAUAAGUACAAUCAUAAGAAGGUUUUGUACAUAUUUGAGACAUUAAGGAAUAUCCUUAUUUGCAAUCCACGCGCAUUUAUAUGUACCACGGCCAGUACGGGUUUGGUUUCAAGGUCUCCGAUAUUAAAAUUACUAGCUAGACAUAGAAAAUCUCUAUUUGGCAGAGGUUUUUCAGGGGAUCUCGAAGGAAAUAGCAUUAAAAAUGCUAUGUACCUAGAAGUUGUCAUACUGAUAUGUCUAUAUUUCCUAAGGAGUUACUAUCCUAAUUUAGAAUCAAUUGAUAUUACCAAAGAAGACAUAAUUGGGAAUAAAGAGGUGCAAAUGACUUGCACCGAAAUUCUCACCCAACUAACGACUCAACUCAUACUAAUCAUUCGCGAAGGGACAGACGGAUUGUCUAAGUACAUUGGAGAACUUUUUAUCCGAACUAAAUUUUAUAAAAUAGUAUUGCAUACAGCAUACACGAGUCUGCAAUGUACAAGUUACAACACAUCGCAAUUUAGCCAACAAAUUUUGAAUUUUAAUGACAGCUACGAUGCUACACAAGAAAGACUAUCAAGGCAUGCAGAAGCACUUCAGAAAAAUCAAGUUAGGCUUUUAUUAGCUAUAAUAAUUUUAGAAUAUGAAGUAGCACAACAAAGAGGAGAAAAUCAGUCAAAGUCAUCGGACAAGCAAGGAGAUUUAAAUGAUUGUAAAUACAUAAACGGGAAAUCGAUACCACAACAGCCUCUUUUUCUUACAAUUAUUACUCACGCUUUGGAUAUAACUACACAUCGUCACACUCAUGCUAACUGGAUCGGCCUUUUAGCCUGCGCUCUCCCUUAUUUGGGGCCAGCACUUACUAAAGUUGUCGCCACUUCGCUUAAGCAAAUUUGUCACAAUAUCGAGGUUUUGUCGGAGAAUUAUGUCAAACCUGGAACUUCCAGUUUUCCUCCAGACUACGGGUUAAUACAGAUUGAAGCUUUAACGGUUUUGUGUCAUUUCUGUUUGCUCGAUACGUCAAACAGUAUCAAAUACUAUUCGACCUCUGUGACUCAACCGCCUACACAAUAUCCGAGUAACUUUAUUUACUUUUUUGGCAACAGCUCUGCAAAUUUAGAACCAAAGAAAGAGAAGAAUGAAGCGCAAGUUGCAGCACGUAAAACAGUCCUUGGAUUGCUUCCUCAAGUAAUCGCAAGUGUGUCAGUUUUAUGGCAUGCUUUAAUGAAUAUAAAAGAAAGAGAUGAGGAAAACAGUGAAGUAGGAAGUCCGAGGGUUAUCAAACAGCAAAUAAUAGAAUUUUUAAGCCCCAUAGCUGUCCAUCAUGCAACAAGUUUUCUAGCAGCAAUGGCAAUCGUGUGGAGAGAACAAAGGAAACCAACUGCAUCACCAGUGGUCACAGCAACAUCAAAUAUUAGUGAAGACCAGCAUGUUUUAGUGCAGUUGUUGAUAGGCAUUAAAGCAAUGCCUAUUGACAUUAUCACCCAGACCCUCCAUCAAGUCGUUAGACAACCUGCUAUGAACCAGGAAAUUGCUGUAAGCGUUGAAGUAAGCGCGCUCGAACUGUUCGUAAAUUAUGCGCAAUAUAUCACUGUGGCCAGCUUGUUCGAGAGCUGGAGUUCUUUGCUUCAGCUGCUCAGAGAGGCGCCGGCGUUGAGCCCUCCUGCCCAGUUUCUACUCCUCGGCGCGUUGAGCCAGUUCAUUCAAAGAUGCCCCGCUUUCACGGAUAAAAAAGAUCAAAAAGACCUGCAAGACAUUACUAUAAAACUUGUUGAAUCGUGCAACACUAUUGCUGGUGCUUGCUUGUUGAAUACUAACUGGUUUAUAAGGAAAAACCUAACAGUUCGUGAAGAAGAACCAGUCAUAACCCCAGACAAAGAGGAUAAAUAUGUUGAUGAUGCGGAACUUACCGAAUAUGAUUGUGUUACUUUGGACGAGCUAACCGAUGGGAAGCCGAAGAAAAAAUCCAAACUGAAAAGAGUCACGCAAAAAAUCCGCCAGGAUGCUGAAAAGCUCCAAAUCAGUGCUAUGAACCAGUGGUUCAUGAAAACAUUUGUCAAUGAAACCCCUUUAGACUUCUCGGAAAAGAAAAGUGGAAGUAACAGCGUGGCCCAAUACAGCAUCGGUGCUUUGACAAUAUUAUCGCAAUUACUUGGGCCGCUUUUAGAUGUUGCUUUUGGCAGCCAAGAAAAAGAUAGAGUUGUCAGUCUCUUGACUACAUUAAUGUAUAAUGUAACGCCAUACUUAAAAAACCAUACGCAAAGAAAUGCAAGCAGUUAUUACGCAUGCUCGGAGCUACUUUCAAGUAUAACAUCAUACCAGUAUACGAGAAAGGCUUGGAAAAAAGAAGUUACCGAUCUUCUCUUUGAUUCGUCAUUUUUUCAAAUGGAAAUAAGAUCUUUAAAAUGUUGGUGCACAAUAAUUGACAAUUUGAUGUCACAGGAAGAGUCAACAUUUAGAGAAUUUAUGAGCCGGGUGUCCGUCCCGCAGUCCAAUUCGUUGAACAUUUUCUCGAGUAAGGAACAAGAAUUUGAACAGAGGGCUCAAUUGCUGAAAAGACUCGCCUUUGUCCUUUAUUGCGGAGAGAAUGAUCAAUUUCAUAAUAACAUGUCAGACAUUCAAGAAAGAUUAGCCGAUUGCGUAAAAACACCUCAGCUUGCUCCGAACCUGCAUGCUCAAGUAUUUCUGUGCUUCAGAGUCCUCCUUCUGCGAAUGUCCCCUUCGGUAAUCAUGCCGCUCUGGCCUAUAAUCAUCAGUGAAAUCCUCCAAGUGAUGAUUAUCCUUGAACAACAUUUAUCCACAGACUAUGAAGAGUUUAGUUCAAGCGUAAGAGCUCUUUCCUCGAUGGAAUUGAACUGGAUGGCGAAUGGAGCACAACUAACUGGAAGCUGGCUUCAGUUGCAUCUUGCUGUUGUCAAUUUGCUUUUCUUAGCGGAACAGCUCCCAGCUGACAGAUUAACUCAAUUCCAGAUGUAUAGAUGGGCUUUUAUUGGUGAAGAAAGUGGAACGAAUUCAAAUUCAAAUGAAAACCCUGAUUUCGUGCCUCACAUAUCGAGGAUUGCAAAUUUAAUGGAUCUCAAGUACGGGAUGUUAGAGGCAGUACCGACCCCUCUGAUACCGACAUGCAGCCAGAUAAAAACUCUUCAGGACCUGCAUCCCUUUUUUACCGCUAUGAGAAAUGGAAAAUACACGCCGUUGACAGUCUCGCAAUUGGAGCACAAUUUAGAACUCGAUUUCCUAGAUGUAAUGGCACCUCGGUAAGGAAGCCGUUAACUUCAGUGAACAUACAUUAUUGUAAUAUAUAUACACAAUUUUUAUAUAUAUAUUCUUAUUGUGAGGUCUGAUAUUUGGGACUCACGUUUCCUUUUUUUUCUUAUUUUUUUUUUCUCUUGUGGAAUAGUGUAUAAAAUGUUUCUUUACAUUGGGAGAGCUUAAAUUUUGAGUCCACAAAUCUUCAAAAUUGUAUUAUAGAAAUUGUAAAUAUUUUACAAAAAAAAUCACCCUUUUACCUCUACUUUUUGGUGAAGUUUUUGUAUAUAUUUGUUUUAUUGAAGUCAUGAAAUUUUCAUUCCAGUCAUGUUUCUUAACAGUUGAGCAUUGUUUGUACAUUAAUUUAUUACAGUAUAUCAAAGAGUGAACCUUUUAGCCUAAAUUCUACGGCUGAUAGUGCCUUAUGUACAUUUUAUAUAUAUAAAUAUUUAGAUUGAUAUUUUUUUAUUGUGAUGUGAAACAAUUGUAAACUUUCUGGGUGAACACGGAAACAAAUACCAUUUCCAAAGCCUCUUUUAAAUAUAAUUAAUUAUAUUAUUUAUCAAAAAAACCUCGUCUGUUGUUUUAGUUUUGCAUUAAAUUAAAAUUAUAAUUGUACAAUAAUGAAAAAUACCAUUGAAAAGUUUGGAAUUUGAAAUGGUAUUUUAUUGCUGGAAAUGAGAAAGUAAUUAUAUUAUAUUUCAUGAUAAAAAUCAAAUUGCAUAGUGCAGAAUUCCAAAUUUCAUUCCAAACCAAUUGUCCUUUUAAAACAAAUCGACUGGUUUUUGUAUAAGAAAAAAUUUGAAUUUUUUCCUUUUCAUAUUUUAUGCUUGAAAUUGUAAUUUCAAAUAUUCAAACGACUUGUCUUUGCAACAGGAUAUAUAUCUAUAAGACAAUGAUGAAAAAAUACUGUUUUAUAAAGCAAUUUUUAUUUAUUUUUUUUUUUUUUUUUUUUUUUUUAAAUAAUUUCUGACCAACUCAUUUUUAAUAAACCUUUCACUGUUUUUAUAAAAACUUUUACAAGGCGACUCGAGUUCCAAAAGAAUUUUUACACGUUUGUAAAACUGUUAAAUUGCAAAUAGCGCAUUGUAUCACAUGCCCAUCGCUGUUUUUGAAUAUAUAAAUCGCUAAAAGAGAAACACGGUUUGAAAUCUAGGUAAAUAUAAAAUUGAAGUAGUCUAGUUAAAAUUUGUCUUCCAAUUUUCUUCCGUUUUUUGUUCUAUUUCAUUUAGACAGUUAUGGUUUGACGCCAAGUUUUCUCUUUGAACUAUAUUGUUUAAAGUAAAAUAUGUUUUAUGUGCAUUAUUGUUAUUUAUUAGCUAAGGAUUUAUUUUAUUUUAAAAUGUAAUUAAUUGCUGCAAAUUAAUUGUGAUAAUACAAGUAUAAAUUAUUCAGAGUUGUAUAGUUGAGAAAAACAUGUGACUUUCAGCAAUUAUAUUUCCUUAAAGUGCAAUUAUAAUAAAUGUAAUUAAAAUAAUAAAACUCUUGUUUAAU